CAUGAACGCCCACAGCCCCUGCUGCAGAUGAAACUUGAAGAAGAGGCUGCAGAGGGUUAGCAGUUAACCUUUAUCUCAUCCAGACUCAAGCAAAUCCCCUCCGAGCUAAACUCCAGAACCAGGACGGACCAUAAAACACCACAAAGAUGCUGCCGCUGCUGCUGCUCAUCAUCGCUUUACACAGUCACAUGUGUCUGUCAGUGACAGUAAGCACCAGUAAGCCCAAAGUGGAGAUCCAUGAGCACACAGACGCCGUGUUGUCCUGUGAGUUCAAGACAGAAAAAGAUCAGAACCCUCGAGUUGAGUGGAAAAAGAAAGGAAAAGGAGUGACUUUUGUUUAUUUUGACAAGAAAUUUGCAAAGUCCUACGCAGGACGGGCUAAGAUUGAGGGAGCGACGCUGACGAUACACUCAGUCACCCAGAAAGACUCGGGGGAAUAUCGCUGUGAGGUAACCGCCAGUGAAGACCACGUUAACCUCGGAGAGGCCACUGUGACCCUCAAUGUGCUCGUGCCUCCUCACGUCCCAUCAUGCGAGGUGCCGAGCUCGGUGUUUGUCGGCACCGGCCUCGAUCUGUUCUGUAAGGACAAGCUCAGCGUGCCUCCGGCCACCUACCGCUGGUACAAAGACAACAAAGCUCUGACAGCCACGGGAGACGCUCCGUACAGCAUCGACACAAACAAGGGAACAUUGAAGUUCAAGAGCGUGUCCAAAGAAGACACAGGGAUGUAUCGCUGUGAGUCCUCCAACAGUGUGGGGGCGCCAAAGAGUUGUGUAGCCAAGCAGCUCACAGUUGUUGAAUAUCCGUGGAAUAUGACAAUGUUGAUAGCAGGUGCGUCAGGAUUUGUGACGCUGAUCCUUUUCUGCUGUAUCUGCAUCUGUAUCUGCCACCGUAGAGGCUGCUGCAAGAAAAGCAGGAAGACAAAAAGCUCUAAGUCCUACAACCCUCCACCGCCUCCUCCCACCCGCAACCUCAAGCACUACAAACAAACUCAGUCCUUCAUGAUCUGAGGGGACGACAACGAUUUUGUCAAAUAACCAAAGUGAACAGCAGGAACACUCGGAGGCUCUGCUGCAGGCGGAGAAAUCUUCAGCUUUCAGGCGAAGCAGAUGUUUCCUUCCUGCGUUGUGGAUUCUAUCCAGUGGAAGUCCCGAUGAUACAAAGCCAAGUGUACAGCUUCAUUACUUUUUCAUAUCCUGUAUGAUAUUUGUCAUGUAAUGUUUUCCACUUCUUGUUUUGAGAGCAGAUGUUAAGCUCUUUAAGCCACUCAUAAGUCAGUGUAUAUCUUAUUUUUGGUAAAACUUUAUAUAUAUAUUUGGUUAUAAAUGCUUCAUGUUGGUUUUGGUUGACUUAGAUAUGAAAUAUUUAAUGUUUCUAGUCUUUUUUUCUAGCAUUUAAUUGAGCUGUUUGAUGAGCUGAUGCUGUUUUCCUUGUAAACAUUUUUUAAAAUAAUUGAACAGGUGUCUGCACACACUGAACAGUGUUUUAGAAGUUUAAAAAUCUUUCUUACUUAUAUUUUUGAGAAAUCUUAGCUUAUACUCAAUAAAGACUGCUGGGUAAAUAUGCA